UACAGCUAAAGGUUUCCUUGUUGAUAUUGAAAAAACGUUUGUCAAGAAUAGAAAUUCUGAAAUUGGUGCACUCUUGACAAAUCUCAUUUCAAUGAGGUAUACCGGUCAAGGUAAUGUCGGGGAGUACAUUGUUGAAAUUUCUCAUCUUGCUUCAAAAUUAAGGGCACUUAAGCUUGAACUCUCGGAGGAAUUGCUUGUGCAUUUGGUUCUAAUAUCUCUUCCUUCUCGGUUUAACCAAUUUAAGGUGAGCUAUAAUUGUCAGAAGGAUACUUGGUCUCUGAAUGAGCUCAUCUUACACUGUGUUCAGGAAGAGGAUAGGGUGAAGCAAGAUAAUUCAGAAAGUGCUCAUUUGGAAUCUACUUUUAAGGGUAAGGGAAUCAAAAGAAAGAAAGAUACUAAAGCUGCAAUUACUGUAAAUCCAGGGCCGCAAAAGAAACAAGAUAAGAAAUUGGACAAUUCGGAGAACAAGGGAUGUUUCAUUUGUGGAGUUAAAAGGCAUGUAAAGAAGCACUACUUAAACUAUCAUGCUUGGCGUGCUAAGAAAUGAUUGCCUUUAUUGUCGAAAGCCAAAUGAUGGUGAGAGAUACAUCUACGUGGGCGCAACAAGACAGUGCAAGUAGAAGCAAUAGGAAAAUUUAGAUUAUUAUUAAACACUGGAUUUUAUUUGAUUCUUGAUGAGACAUUUUAUGAAUCAUCUUUUAGUUGAGGGGGUGGUUGUAAUUGCUCAGAGGAGUUUUUGUGUUUGAUCUUACCUCAAGGGUGACCGUAAUUUAUCCUACAGAAAAUACACUUACGUACUUUUUUAUAUGUUAAAAAAUUAUAAAAUUAAUAAAACUAUGCACAAUUA